AUGAGAAUAUGGCGCCUCUCCAAAUACGUGAAGCCUGUCGUGGUGAUAGUGUUCUGUGCUCUCUCACUGCUUGUAAGCAAGACAUCCGAAGAAAUGUACGAGAUGGUCUACAAGCAGGUCAGCUCUUUGUCAGUCAAGGAGCUCGAGGAGGAACAAGCUAUUUCUGAAGACGUGCCUCUGGACUUCAAGGACCCCUUAUUCGCCCCCAUCCUGGACACGUUCAAAGAAGCGGCUUCGAAGACUUAUCAGGAUGUGCCGAAAAACAGAUUUAGAAAUGGGCCUGUUCCCCAUGUGUUCGUUUACUCCUCGACCCGCAUGGCAAGCACCUGGCUUCGAGCGCACAUGGAAGACAUUGAAAACCGGAUGUGUCCUCAUACCUGCACCUUCACCAGAAAUCCUAAAAUGAUCCAGUCCUCCGACGCCGUCCUGAUCCACCUGUGGAACGUUAAAAGCCGCAGGUCUCUCCUGCACUUCCUCGGCCCCCGCGAUCCUUCUCAGCCUUGGAUCAUGUUGGAAAAUGAAACUCACCUUCGCGCUAAUAUAAAAACCGGCUUGGCAUACUCGACUUUAAACGGCAUCUUCAAUCGCACCUUUUACUUCCGAAGCGACGCUGAUAUAAGAAUGAUUCACGGGUUUAUCGUUCGCCGUGGGAAGGAAGCAAGCUUGUUGCCGCCACACUGGGUGCGCCAGCCCGAAAUGAGAAGGGAAAACGCCACUCGACAGAUGGCUGUAGCGUUCAUCUCUGAUUGCAUCGAUCACAGUGGUCGCUUGAAGUACAUCGAUGAGCUUAAAAAGCACAUUCACGUAGACGUGUAUGGGAAAUGCGGAUCCAUGCAAUGCGGAGCUUCAAGAACCGCCGCGGCCCGCGUGCACGUGGACAUGGACACGUGCCUGAGUGAUGCAGCACGAAACUACCACUUCUAUCUUGCCUUCGAAAAUGCUAUAUGCAAGGACUACGUAACAGAGAAGUUGUACAACGUGCUAUACUACCCACUGGUGCCCGUUGUCCUGGGGGGAGCAAACUACUCCUCCCUUCUUCCUCCAAACUCUUACAUAGACGCCAACCAGCACACACCUGAAGCGCUGGCUAAAAUCCUCGUGCGCUUAGCCGGCGACCCGGAGGAGUACGAGUCGUAUCUGAAGUGGAAGAAAUAUUACCAGCCUUCUACCGUCGGGAGUAGCAAGGUCUUCUGUGACUUGUGCGCAAAACUCCAUGACGAAAAAUUGUAUGAGGAAAAUACGAUAAGUGAUUUUUAUGGUUGGUUUGUCACAAAAGAUUAUUGCAGAAAUGUCUAGUUCCUUGUCUAA